AUGGUUAAUCUCCCAUCUAGGAGCGAGCUCACAGCUCACUUCCAAUCAAAGGAAGCUUUUGUCAACUUUGUCAAGACAUCUGAAACGGCAGAUGGUCAGACUCGAGUUGGUAAUGAGCGAUGGUCUAAUAAAGAUCUUGAAUCUACGCCACCAGAGCAUCGGAACUGGACAUGGUAUAAUUUACCACUGUACUGGUUCUCCAAUCAGUUCAGUCUUACGGGAUGGAACACUGGAUCAUCGCUCAUUGCGGUUGGUUUGACCUGGCAGCAAUCGUUCGUCUCGUGUGUUCUAGGCGCAUUACUCGCUUCGCUGGUUGUCAUCUGCAUGGCCAGGCCCGGCGUUCAAUACCACAUCGGUUUCCCUGUCCUUGCUCGGUCAAGCAUGGGCAUGUACGGCGCAUACUUCUUCAUCUUCAUCCGAGCCAUUGUCUGCAUCGUUUGGUACGGCAUCCAAACCUUCUACGGCGGGUCGAUCCUCUCAGUAAUGCUACGCUGCAUCUUCGGCAGCUCAUGGCAGAACUUUGCCAACACCCUUAGUGAAAACGCCGAUAUCUCAUCAAAAGUCCUUCUUGCUUUCUUCCUCGUCUGGCUCAUGCAAUUCCCAUUCAUGUGGGUUCACCCAAGAAACAUCCACUACGUCUUCACAGUAAAAGGUUUCACAAUGCCCAUCGCCGCAUUCGCCAUCUUCGGAUGGUGCAUGGCCAACGGCGGUGGUUUGAACGGCAUGAACAUGGCGUCCAAAGAAGCUGAGGCAGCUGCUUCUACGACUCCUCUUGGAUGGAGUAUAAUGUCUGGCAUCAACGUCAUCAUGGGCGGAUUAUCGCCCAUGUUGGUGAAUCAGCCUGAUCUGGCGAGAUAUUGCCAAAAGACUCGUGAUGCAGGUCCUCUUCAGGGCGUUAGUGUCUUUGUAUCCUCUGUCAUUGUCUUUUUCUUGGGUCUUGCGUCGACGGCGUCCAUGCAGACUGUUUAUGGAGAGGCGUAUUGGAAUAUUUGGGAUUUACUUGACUCUAUCUUGGAUCACCAUUGGAAUGCAGGGGCUCGCGCGGGCGUUUUCUUUCUGGCGCUGGCUUUUCUGUUGGGGGUCUUUGCGACCAACUUUGGUGCAAACUCGAUUCCCUUCGGGUCUGACAUGACGGGCCUCUUCCCGCGAUGGCUCACCAUUCGAAGAGGGCAGAUUGUCUGUGCUAUUCUGGGAAUUUGUGUUGUUCCUUGGAAACUUAUGGCCAAUGCUCAAGCUUUCUUGUCAUUCCUUGGCAGCUACAACAUCUUCAUGGCGCCUCUAUGCGCUGUCAUCAUUGUUGACUACGUCUACGUCCGGAAAGGCAACAUCCAUGUACCAUCAUGCUACGAUGGAAGCAAGCAUGGUCUCUAUCAUUUCUGGUCCGGCGUCAACUGGGUCGGCUGCCUUGCCUGGAUCGGGGGAACUACCAUGGGUCUGCCUGGCCUCGUUGGACAGUAUCAGCCUCAUCUUCUCUCUGAUGCAUCGCGCUACAUGUACAUGAUGGGUUGGCUUCUGACAUUUGUCACCGCUGGAGUUGUCUACGCCAUUGGCGUUCAGUUCGUCAACAUUCGUGUAUUCCCGGCUGGUCGCGCAACGGCCAAGACUUGGGAGUGGUUGGCUAAGGAUGGUAGGGAGGGUUUCUAUGAGGAUGAGAGGGAGGGACAGGUCAUCUAUGCUCAGGCAUCACCUUCUGCUGAUAAGACCGAGGGAGAGGUGAAUGCAAAGGCAGAUGAUUCGUCGCUCUGUUUGGCAAUGCUGGUCCAGCCGUAUCAACUCUCGGCAACUGACGUCGUUGCCAAGAUUCGAGAUGGCCAGCUCACGGUUGAGGAGUAUACGCAGUCACUCUUGGCACGCAUCAAAGAGCGGGAUCCCAUUGUGAAAGCCUGGGCGUAUAUCAAUCCUGAUCAAGUGCUUAAAGAAGCCCGAAAGUUGGACCAGGUUCCUAAGCAAGAGCGUGGGCCGUUGCAUGGUGUCGCGAUUGCGGUUAAGGAUGUCAUCUACACGAAGGAUGAUGGUCCUCAGGUCGACGCAGCCAGCAUCAUCAUCCUACGUCAAGCCGGUGCGCUCAUACUAGGCAAGACAACCACCACGGAAUUCGCAGCAACAACUCAAGGACCUCAAACAACAAACCCACACGAUAGUUCUCGUACACCUGGAGGUUCCUCUUCAGGUUCUGGAGCAGUUGUAGCAGACUUCCAAGCUCCAAUCAGUCUCGGAACACAGACCGGAGGAAGUACCAUUCGUCCAGCCUCUUUCAACGGUAUCUAUGGAUUCAAACCAACGUGGAACUCAAUCUCAAGAGAAGGCCAGAAAGUGUUUUCCCUCAUUCUUGAUACGCUUGGCAUCUAUGCUCGUACCGUGGAGGAUCUGAACUUGCUCGCUGAUGUAUUCGCUUUGAAAGAUGACGAGCCACCUAACCAAGAAUACUCCAUCAAAAACGGAAAAUUCGCAAUCUGCAAAACUAUGGUUUGGCCUCAAGCUGGCACUGGUCUUAUCAAAGCAAUGGAUAAAGCCGUUGAACUCUUACGAUCAAGCGGCGCUACGGUCGAAGAGAUUGAGAUUCCAGAACAUCUACAAGAUUUACCAAAGUGGCACUCCAUUAUCUUCAACACCGAUGGACGUACAGCUUUUUUGCCAGAGUAUAGAGUUGACAAGAGCCAAAUUGCGGAUCAGCUUGUUGGACAUGUUGAGAAUCGCCUUAAGAUCUCGAGAGCUGCACAGCUUAAAGCUUUUGAUGACAUUGCAGCGGCUAGACCUGUUGUCGAUGCUAUGUUGGGUAAGUAUGAUGCUGUGUUUGUGCCGAGUGUACCGGAUGAGGCGACGGAGGGUAUUGAGGCUACUGGAAGCGCGGCGUUUAAUCUGAUAUGGACGGCACUACACAAUCCUGUCAUCAACAUCCCCGGGUUUGCUGGCGAAAACGGCAUGCCGAUUGGCUUGUCCCUCGUGGCGCCGAGGUACCACGACAGAAAGCUUCUGGUAGUUAGCCAAGAGGUUGGAAAGCUCUUCGAGGUGUCCGGGGGAUGGAAGUCACAGAUAGUUUAG